AUGGGACGAGACUUUCUGGUUACCAGAGAAUGUCUCAUGGUGGCGAUGAGGGAUAUAUGGGAUGAGACUUUCUGGUUACCAGAGAAUGUCUCAUGGUCUGACAUGAAGGAUAACGAUAAGGUGCAUUAUCCACAUGUGGCGGACCUUCAAUAUACAAUAAUCUUAGGUUUUGCCUUACUGGUGUUGCGGUUACUACUGGAAUCAUUUGUGUUCUUACCAAUUGGUUGGCUGGGAGGAUGGAUUCGUGCACCAUUGCUACCUCAAAUAUGGGCACAUAUAUCAGGUGGAUUUGCGGGAAAAAGUAAAUUCAAACGGGUCGCUGAAUGUGCGUGGCGGUUGUGCUUCUAUGUAUGUGCAUGGACAGCAGGCUUGUUUAUACUAAUCGGAGAACCACAUUUGAAAGAUGUGUCUGAAUGUUGGCGUGGUUGGCCCCAUCACAACGUCUCCACGUCAAUCUGGUGGUAUUACAUUGUAGAAGCUUCCUUCUACUGGGCUCUUUUCAUUGGGACUUUAUGUGUCGAUAUUCGUCGAGCGGAUUUCCUCCAGAUGAUGCUCCAUCACGGUAUUACAAUAUUACUACUUUAUCUGAGCUGGACGAUGAAUAUGGUCCGUGUAGGAACACUUGUGCUAUUCAUACAUGAUGCAGCCGAUAUUUUCAUCGAGGUGGCGAAAAUUAUUCGUUACGCACAUUGGGAAAUGGCUUUGAACAUCAUUUUUAUUAUUUUCCUCGUCGUAUGGACCGCAACACGUCUUAUUUACUAUCCAUUCUGGAUUAUACGAUCGGUGUGGUUUGAUGCUCCCGAACUGAUUCAGUCCUCAUAUCGAUGGACAAAUAUAUGGCAAAGGCCGUUGGUUCCCCGUGUACUAAUGGUGAUGCUAUCCUUGCUUCUUGUGCUUCAUAUUUUCUGGACAUACGUCAUAUUGAAAGUGGCGUACAAAUCCAUAAAAGGAGGAGAACUGGGCGAUGUGAGGGAAGAAAGCGAUUCUGAAGACGAUUCUCCAUCGAAGUCUAAAAAGGAG